CAAUUGAACUACCCGUCUACUUCUUUACCUCUGAAAAGGUGCCUAAAUAGGAUCGGUAAAGCAUAUCUAACCUGGGAGAAUGGUUACACAGAGCACUGUAUAAAGAUCUGUGUCAAUAAAUAAUUUCAGGAGUUUUUGUGUUUCCUUCAACUGUAUUUUUAAUCCAAAAGUGGUUGAGAGCAUUUUACCUGGAUGUAAGGUGCAGUUCGAAUUCCUACGCGCUGUGGAAAUUACAGGGUCUGUUUGACUAUCUGCAGUCUUGUUUUUAUCUUACAAAUCAACCCCGUGACGGAUAUAAUACUCAUAAAGAUAAAUAAAGGGAUCUUUUCAUAAAGCACAUUGGCGAGACAUUUUGUAUUGCCUAAUGGAGGACGAAGAGGAUUUGGACAGACUACGCUUGCUUUUUCACGCUUGUGAUGCGAAUAAUUCGGGGAGUAUAGAAAAAGAGGAGUUUUUCUCGGUUUGCUCAGAGCUGAAAGUCCAUCCUGCUGAGAUCGAGUGUAUUUUUACCAAGCUGGACGUGGACAGGGACGGAUCCAUCAACUUUGAGGAGUUUGCUAACGGAUUUGAAGGAGUAUCAGACCUGAUCGACCUGGGAAGGAUGGAAAGCGAUAAUGAUGGGCACAACUUCAGACAGGCAUGGGAGUCAUUUCAGCAGAGACUUGGGGAAGAGGCUAAAUUCAUCCCGAGAAAUGAACAAGUUGCUACCUUGUACCAGAACAUCAACCUAACAGAACCCCGACUGGUGCAUCAUUAUGAGCGGGUCGUCAUGAACUUCAUUAGAGAAAUCAAGCUGCAAAACUCAGAAAUGGAGAAUCUGGCACUAGCUGUGAAAAGGGCCCAGGAUAAAGCAGCUAUGCAGCUGAGUGAAAUGGAGGAGGAAAUGGACCAGCGGAUACAGGCAUCUGAGAACAAAAUUAGACAAGAAGAAACCAGAAAAGCUGAAGCUGCUCUAGGUGACAUCAAGUGUCAGUAUGAUUCAGAAGUUUGUGAACUGCAGGUCAAAAUGAAGAAACUGAAAAUGAUAGAAGAACAAUACAAACAUAUCAAUCUGAAGGACAAAGUUGUUGGAUUGAAAAGGAAAAUAAAUGAAUUAACGCUGGAAAAACAGCAACUGAAAAGAGAACUCCUUGAGUCUCAAACAAACAUUGCAUUCCUUCAGAGUGAGCUGGAUUCUUUGAAAUGUGAAUACGCCGAUCAGAGUAUAAUCCUGGAACAGGAUAAAGCAAUGAUAAAAGAUUAUACAGAUGAAAGAGAUCAUCUUACCCGACAAAUAGAGAUACUUCAGUCAGCUAACAGGACACUCCAUGACAGCAAUGAUGGUCUAAGAAGUACACUGGAAAAUAGUUUAAGCAAAUACAAUAAAUCUCUGCAUGUUCAUAACACCUCCCCAGGAAAUACCAUUUCUCAGUCGAGUCCGAAAUUUAGUGGUUGUCAAUCUCCAUUUUAUGAUAGUUUAUCUAACUUCUCCAGGUCCUCUCACUCUUCCUACAUGGAUGAGGACUGUGACAUGCUGGCGAUGUGUGACCCGAUGUGUAGGGUAAGCUGUGAGGUGGAGAGCCUAGCAGAGAGCUGCUUGGACAGUGGCCUCUCAACCCUCCGAGACUCCAACGACUGUGACUCUGAGGUGGAGUUCAGGCUUCAAAAGAACUUCCAAAGGUCACACGAGACGCCAGAGAACUUCGGGGGAGAUGCUUCUGAUGCAGAUGUGCCGGAGAUGCAUGAUGACGUGGCUUACAGUUCUGACGGCAACAGUUCAGCACUUGACUGGAAACCACCAACACUGAUCAGCAGGAGAGAUUCUUCAGCUUCCGUCUCAACACGAAAGUGCAUCUCUGCCAUAUCACCACAAGCAGACAAUAGAGAUAGCAAUUCCAAAUACCCUCAUUCGGAGAAAGCAUACAAGGUUGUCUUAGCUGGAGAUGCAGCCGUGGGCAAGUCCAGCUUCCUGCUGAGGCUUUGUAAAAAUGAGUUCCAUGGAAACACUAGUGCCACACUAGGUGUUGACUUUCAAAUGAAGACACUGGUUGUUGAUGGGGAACCUAUAGUUUUACAGCUGUGGGAUACUGCGGGACAGGAAAGAUUUCGAAGUAUUGCAAAAUCAUAUUUCAGACGAGCGGAUGGAGUUUUAUUAUUGUAUGAUGUAACCUAUGAAAAAAGUCUCCUGAACAUACAAGAAUGGAUGGACAUGAUUGAGGACGUAUCCCAAGGUGAGAUCCCCAUCAUGCUUGUGGGAAACAAGGCGGAUCUGCGUGAGCAAGCCAUAGAGGAAGGAAUAAAGUGCAUCCCAACCAGCUAUGGAGAAAGGCUUGCAAUGGCCUACAAUGCCUUGUUUUGUGAAACCAGUGCUAAAGACGGUUCAAACGUUAUUGAAGCUGUGCUUCACCUGGCUCGUGAUGUGAAAAAGCGGAUCAACAAGGAAGAGGAUUUAGAAUCAGUAACCAGCUUAUCAGGAGUGGAUAGUAAGAAACCAACAAACAUGAAGACAUGUUGCACAGUCUAAAAAAUAUUAAAUCAGGAUUACUGUUGGAAGAAGCUUUUUAAAAACAUAUUGACUAAGGGAUGAGUGCAGCAUCAUGAGGUUUCUUUGGGUCAACAUCUACAUGAGGACGGAACCUUAUGUAAUCUAUCAGUUUCUGGAAAAAAAUGUAUUAAAACAUUAUCACUAUGAACUACCUACAGUAGGUAUGUACAUUUAAAAAUGUAAAAUGGACAGGUCCUCCAUAUAUUCCCUGAUUCUGAUACUCUCAAUAACUUGCUAAAAAAUAUCCUAACCAAGUUGCAUAAAUUGGAUGAGCAAUUCACUUGUAUGUAAAAAAGUAUAACAAAUGUAGUCUGUCUAGAGCAGUAUGCAAUCACAGUGGGGUAUAAUAAAGAUUAGAAAAUGGAUCAGAGAUUUCUUUUAACCUGAUUGGUCAAUACAAGGGCAUUAAUCUCUGGUAAAGGACCUGAAAUGUUAUCUUUCAAACUAUGUUUACUUACUGUUCCAAAUCAAUCCGCCCAAAAAUAUGUAAAUACAGUAUUUGUGCAUUUUACCUUUUUCUGCUUCAUGAAAGAAAAUGUCACUUCUUGUACACAGCCUCUGAAUGUUGUCUACCAAUGUACAUUAAGUCAGCUUCCUCGCUGCCCUAUGCACUCAAUAUCUAUUUAAAUUUAGUAUAGCAAAUAAAGUAAAAAAAUAAAUACAGUCGAGAAUAGUGUUUGCUCUCAGCAGCAAUACAGUAACCACAAUAGCAUCUAGUCUCUGGUUUGAUUGGCGUGUUGUAGAAAUCAAACAACUCAAUGCAGUCUGAUUAUUUUUGGCAACUUUAUUUCAGCAUAUCACAGUAACAACACAGGAUGGUGCUCUUUUAUCUAACAAAGCCAGGAAGAGGCUUAGAAUAAACUUUAUGAGCACACUGUGAACAAACACCAUGUACAGCAUUAACACUUAGACUACUAGACAUUUUGAAUUACUAAAACAUUUUUAUUUUUAUUUUGCUAAUAUGUUUUGGACCAAACGGUAGCUUAAAUACUGAAAUUUACACAAAUACACAAACUGCACUCAAAUCCUAAUAAAAAAAAUAAAAAGUUACUGGUACUUUUAUUUAUUUAAAUGGGGAUUUAUUUAAUGGGAUAAUGAAGCCUGAAGCAACCAGAGCCAUGGAAUUCUGAGCAAACUGCAUUUCUCAUGGAAUUGUGAGGAAAAUGAUUGUAUUCAGUAACAACAAAAACUAGUGCUGCAUUCAAACACAAAAAAAAUCAAACAGAAACAAUUGAAAUGUUGUUUUUUUUUUUGUUUAACGUAUACAUUUUCUAAUAGCAAUAGAAGAAGAGGGUUUAACGUCUGGUAAGGCCCUUCUCGUUAUGUACAAUUAAGCACAUUUAAUUCUCACUACCGCUGUUGCUUUUAGUAUACAGUAUCUUUGACCACCACCUUGGACAUAUACAGACGUGCUCAAAUUUGUUGGUAUCCUUACAGCUCAUUGAAAUAAUGCUUCAUUCCUCCUGAAAAGUGAUGAAAUUAAAAGCUAUUUUAUCAUGUAUACUUGCAUGCCUUUGGUAUGUCAUAGAAUAAAGCAAAGAAGCUGUGAAAAGAGAUGAAUUAUUGCUUAUUCUACAAAGAUAUUCUAAAAUGGCCUGGACACAUUUGUUGGUACCCCUUAGAAAAGAUAAUAAAUAAUUGGAUUAUAGUGAUAUUUCAAACUAAUUAGUUUCUUUAAUUAGUAUCACACAUGUCUCCAAUCUUGUAAUCAGUCAUUCAACCUAUUUAAAUGGAGAAAAGUAGUCACUGUGCUGUUUGGUAUCAUUGUGUGCACCACACUGAACAUGGACCAGAGAAAGCAAAGGAGAGAGUUGUCUGAGGAGAUAAGAAAGAAAAUAAUAGACAAGCAUGGUAAAGGUAAAGGCUACAAGACCAUCUCCAAGCAGCUUGAUGUUCCUGUGACAACAGGUGCAAAUAUUAUUAAGAAGUUUAAGGUCCAUGGAACUGUAGCCAACCUCCCUGGGCGCGGCCGCAAGAGGAAAAUCGACCCCAGAGUGAACAGAAGGAUAGUGCGAAUGGUAGAAAAAGAACCAAGGAUAACUGCCAAAGAGAUACAAGCUGAACUCCAAGGUGAAGGUACGUCAGUUUCUGAUCGCACCAUUCGUCGCUUUUUGAACGAAAGUGGGCUCCAUGGAAGAAGACCCAGGAGGACUCCACUUUUGAAAGAAAAACAUAAAAAGCCAGACUGGAAUUUGCUAAAAUGCAUAUUGACAAGCCACAAUCCUUCUGGGAGAAUGUCCUUUGGACAGAUGAGUCAAAACUGGAGCUUUUUGGCAAGUCACAUCAGCUCUGUGUUCACAGACGAAAAAAAUGAAGCUUUCAAAGAAAAGAACACCAUACCUACAGUGAAACAUGGAGGAGGCUCGGUUAUGUUUUGGGGCUGCUUUGCUGUGCCUGGCACAGGAUGCCUUGAAUCUGUGCAGGGCACAAUGAAAUCUCAAGACUAUCAAGGCAUUCUGGAGUGAAACGUACUGCCCAGUGUCAGAAAGCUCUGCCUCAGUUGCAGGUCAUGGGUCCUCCAACAGGAUAAUGACCCAAAACACACAGCUAAAAGCACCCAAGAAUGGAUAAGAACAAAACAUUGGACUAUUCUGAAGUGGCCUUCUAUGAGUCCUGAUCUGAAUCCUAUCGAACAUCUAUGGAAAGAGCUGAAACUUGCAGUCUGGAGAAGGCACCCAUCAAACCUGAGACAGCUGGAGCAGUUUGCUCAGGAAGAGUGGGUCAAACUACCUGUUAACAGGUGCAGAAGUCUCAUUGAGAGCUACAGAAAAUGUUUGAUUGCAGUGAUUGCCUCUAAAGGUUGUGCAACAAAAUAUUAGGUUAGCGGUCCCAUCAUUUUUGUCCAUGCCAUUUUCAUUUGUUUUCUUAUUUACAAUAUUAUGUUGAAUAAAAAAUCAAAAGCAAAGUCUGAUUUCUAUUAAAUAUGGAAAAAACAAUGGUGGAUGCCAAUUACUUUUGUCAGUUUCAAGUUAUUUCAGAGAAAAUUGUGCAUUCUUCGUUUUUGGUACCAACAAAUUUGAGCACGUCUGUAACUCAAGACCUCUCACUGGCCUUGUUUAAUUCUAGAAGCACAACAAUGCCAUUUCAGAUAAACACUGGAGUUCUUGUUCACUAAAAUAAAUGGAAAUUAGCAGACAUUGAAUAUUCUAAUUAUAAACAAGAGAUAAGACAACUCUAAAAGGUGAACAUUUUUUUCUUUUCAAAUACUUUUCAAGAGAGUAGGAGUAUUUAAUCAGUAUCAGAAUCCAUCUAGAAGUUGCUAGGAUACGGUAACUUUUUGAACGAGAUGACAUUGUAAAAAAGAUAGAGAAAAUUGUAUUUAUGCAAUAUUAGACAGUUUGCUGCAAUAACAAAAGGCAGUUCCUUUGCCUUUUGCACCCUCUUGUGGA